AGAUUUUUUUUUUUGAUUUUGACUUACCUAUAAUGGAUUAUACUGCGUCAAAAUGAAAUGUUAUGCAUUUUGUUAUUCUCAUCAUUUUUGGGAAUAUCAGAGUGUGGAUAUUGCGUGGAUUUUGUGUGGAUAUUGUGUGGAUAUUGUAUGGAUCAAUCUUGCUUAUAUCAAAUUUUCUUAUUUUUAUUUUAGCAAUCUUAUUUUUUUAGCAAUAUUUUCUAUUUUUUUUUAGUGGCGGAUAUGAUAAUAAAUCAUUAAGUGUGGGGAUACUUGAACGUUAUUACUUAUUAGACUAUGGCCCCUCAUUUAACAGGCGCUAUGGCA